CACUGAUCCUUGCUUGAUCGAAUUGUGCGCACUCGUGCCGUGAAUCUGUAAUGACGUUCACAGAAAAGUAGGAACAGACUCCGUGUAGAGUAAACAGCAGUGAAAUUUAAUCACUUGGGCUGUAAUUAUUUUCCAUUUUGGUGGAUUUUAUGGUAUAACUUCUGGUCACCACUGACUAUCUGUCAACGGUCUGAAUAGCGAUUAUGAGACCACCAAGAAAUGCCCUGACGGAAUGAAAGUGUGAACGGCUAUCGUCUCUGGUGUCAGCUCAAGAGUUUAGCAUUUCUAACCUUAGCACACAAAACUGAACGGAUUAUUGGGUUUAGAGAUUAGAGUUGAGUGACACAUCCUUUCUUGAAGCUGCAUUGUCCUAGAUUGCUACAGCUGUUUCCGACCAUCAUAGCUCUUUUAGUGAGAUACGCUCUAAAGCUAACAUCUUGUUCUGUAAUAUUUUUGAAAUCUUUUGGUCUCUUUGGCUUAUAAGCACCACACUCAUACCUAAGCAUGAAUUUUAGCCACAGUGUUUGAUUAGUUGUGCCAUCCUAGCAUUACUGGGCCUGGACUAGAAAACAACAACGACGAUAACAACAGCAACAACUAUGACAACAACAACGAUGAGUUAAUGAGUAUUGAGUAAUGUAAUGAGUCUUUAUUGAUCACAUAUACACAUGCACAGUGAAAUUCUUUUCUUCACAUACCACAGCAUGUUAGGAAGUUUGGGUCAGAGCGCAGGGUCAGCCAUGAUACAGCGCCCCCUGGAGCAGAGAGGGUUAAGGGCCUUGCUCAAGGGCCCAACAGUGACAGCUUGGCAGUGAUGAGGCUUGAAUACCCAACCUACUGAUCAGUCACCCAGAUCCUUAACCGCCAAGCCACCACUGCCUCACCACUAUAAUGAGUGUGUAUACCAUAGUGCUGGUUACUUUGGUAUUCUGAUGGGUCAGGUGUUGAUAAAUUAUCGGACAAUAGUUUACGCUGCAAGGAAAAAUCACAGAUUUAUGUUAACGCACUCUUUCUAGUACGUUAUCGUUUCGGUACACGAUAUGCAUGCCUGUAUCUUAGACAUGUUCUGAUGAACAGUUAUGGGGUGCAACACCGUUGAUAUCUUCAGGAGUUCUGUCUUUGGUCCUUUUCUCCUGUGUAAGCGGUUUCUUCUCUGUGUUUAGUCAUUAGAGAGUGUGUUAUAUUAGGAAAUCAAUGUUUAUCCCUUUCAAAGCACUUUUAUUUAAAUGGUCAGAUCGAUCUGUGGGAAGCAGCAGUCCUUUAAAAUACCCAGGAAUACACUGAGGAAUUAAGUUUUGUUGGUCUAGUAAAGAAGUGAAAUGGGAAACAUACCCUCUGAGUGACGGGAUAACGCCUUAUGUGACAAACCACAGCCAUUAAAAUCGUUAAAGCAAAAACAAACAAACAAACAACGUAAACAGCAUCACACGUUGCGAUGUUUUACUAACGUUUUACUGGCAUAGAAAUAAAAAAAAAAAAGGGCUCGUGUUCACCUAAAAAGUCAUCACAAAAAGUAUCUUUAACUUUUUUUUAUAGUGAUGUAAAUGUUAGACGUACAACUAUUGUAGGGGUUUUAGCCAACGGUGGGCGGAGCACAGACACACAGGAGGCUGUUUCAAUGUUAUGGGGGAUUUAUUCAAGGCAAUCGGUGAACGGGGGUGCGCGUGUGGGCGCGUGUGUGGGUUUUAAAAAAAGCAAGUGUUCACACAUUUUUAUUUUACUUAAUUUGCAAUUUAAUUUUUUUUUUUUUUUUUAAAAGAUAUGCUGCAUUGAGAAUGAUUAAUAGUCUAGUAGAGCAACAGAAAUCACAAAUCAGGAUCAUUAGGGGGCGGAGCCUUUAUGUUAAACUACAGUAAUGUUCUGAAGUGAUUUGGAGGUUAUUUACAGCUUAUAUUUCCCUAAACAUCUAUAAAUUGACUGUACGUACAGUAAGUGUUUAAAUUAAGUAAGUGAUUAACUCUAAAUGCUUAAAUAUGGAUUUUUUUUUUUUAAAUUCUGAUUUUAUGUCCCGUGUCUGUGUUUAUCACCGAUCUUCCCUUUGUGACUGUUAAACUUCUGAAUUAAAUCAACAGAACACACAAAAGCAGUUUGUUCGAAUCUUGAAACCAAAAGCAAUUUCCAGCAUUUCACGAGAUUGGGUCAAAUUUAAAGCUGUAUGUGCGUAUUGAGAAGGACACAAAAGCGUUUUCUCUACAAAAAAUGGACACAGAGGAUCCCAAAGACAAAUUCAAAGCCGUGUGGUUGAUUCUGUUUAUGCUGGGAUUAGGGACUUUACUGCCAUGGAAUUUCUUUAUGACCGCCACAAUGUACUUCAGCUACCGUCUAACCGACGUCAUUCCAGCCAACGGGACCGUAGGAGAGAGUCGAAAUGUCCUGCAAGCCAAGUUCAACAACUCUAUGACGCUGUGUGCCAUGAUCCCUCUGUUGAUCUUCACCUGCCUCAACUCCAUCGUACACCAGAGAAUUCCUCAGAAGAUAAGGGUUCUGGGUAGUCUGGUGUCCAUCUUGGUGGUGUUUUGUGUGACUGCCAUCUUGGUUAAAUUGUCUAUUAAUCCUAUGCCCUUCUUUGUGAUUACUUUGAUAAAGAUAGCCAUUAUUAAUGCGUUUGGAGCUAUCCUACAGGGUAGUCUCUUUGGCAUGGCUAGUGUGUUGCCUGACGGCUACACGACACCCAUCAUGAGCGGUCAGGGUCUGGCUGGAACCUUCGCUGCGUUUGCUAUGAUCUGUGCCAUCGCAAGUGGUUCUGAUUUAAUGGACUGUGCUUUUGGCUUCUUCAUCACAGCCUGCGUGGUUAUCAGCCUUGCCAUUUUGUCCUACAUAAUCCUCCCCAAACUGGCAUUUUACCGAUUCCACCAGGAGAAAAAACAGAAAGAUCCAGCACUACGAGAGGAGAAAAAACUCAAACUUCUGAAAAACGGUGACAACAGCGGAAGGAUGAGCACGAGUGAAGAGGUCCGGCAAAAUCCCUCGCUUUGGAGUAUCUUUAAAAAGAUCUGGGUGAUGGCUUUGUCUGUAUGCUUUGCCUUCACCAUCACCAUCGGCAUUUUCCCCGCCGUCGCCGCUGACGUCAAAUCCACCAUUGCUAAAGGAGGACUUUGGGAGGAAUACUUCAUUCCUGUGUCCGGUUUCCUGCUCUUUAACCUGUUUGACUGGUUGGGAAGGAGCCUGACUGCUGUGUGUUUGUGGCCUGGGAAGGACAGCAAACUGUUGCCAGUGCUUCUGUUAAUGCGCGUGAUCUUCGUGCCUCUCUUCAUGCUGUGUAACGUCCAGCCACGCUACACGAACAGCAUACCGGUCUUCUUCUCACACGACGCCUGGUUCACCGUCUUCAUUAUCCUCUUCGCUUUCUCCAACGGCUACCUGGCCAGCCUUUGCAUGUGUUUUUGCCCCAGCCUAGUGAGCACACACGAGGCGGAGACGGCUGGAGCCGUCAUGGCCUUCUUCAUGUCUCUCGGUCUCGCCUUAGGUGCAUCGUUCUCCUUCCUGUUCCGAGGGGUCAUUUGAGGUCGGCUUUUCACCUUGUCGGAUGUUUAAAGACGUCCAUCCUAAACAGGAGCCGUUUAUGAACAAUUUUUACUGUGUCUGAUAUGUUUUAUAUAAUAUUCUGAUCGGUUUAAGGGUGAUUUGAGACGCGAGAUGGCACAGAAGCGCGUAACGGAUGAACAGUUGGACAGUCGGACACCUUGAAUCUCAACGACACCGUCCCACAUGAUGGGACGAAAGUUUUUUUAAAAGAAAUAAUACUAUUUGUAAAUUUUUUUUAGUGAACACUACCUGUUCUUUUUUAACGAUAUACAGUAUAUUAACAUAUUAACAGUUUACAUAGUCAUAUACAGUCAAUGAGCCAGUCUUUCUACCAGUGUUGAGCCACAACAAUUUUCAUUACAAAUGACAUUAGGCAACAACUUGAGUGAAAAAGUAGAAUCUUUGAACUAUUUACAUGGAUUUCAGACUCUCUCAGCAUUUGCCAUGUCCCCUUUUUUGCUUUAAUGACCGUCUGCACUCGAGCUGGCAUGGACUCAACUUUGCACACGUUCGUGCAAAACCUUCUGAUCCAUUUGAGAUCGAAUCCAUCCGAGUGUCAUCUGAACACGUGCUUCAGUAGAGGAGAUUAGGCAUGAGGAAAAUCUGACCUUUUGUACAAAGCAGUUAAUAUGGUCAAUAGCACACAUUUGUUUACAUUUAAAUAGAGAAAGAAAUAGUGCAGAAUCUUGAAUAUUAAAUCUUUGGCUUUGGGUUACUGAUCAGAAUGUUGUGGGUUCAAGCCCCAGUAUUGCCAAACUUCUCUGCUCAAGGGGCUCUGCAUUAUGCCCGGCUCUGCACUUCAUAACAAACUGGGAUAGAUAUGUGAAGAAAGCAUUUCACUGUAUUGUAAUUUAUGUGACAAAACAAAUAUACAUAUAAAUCUAUCUAUCUGCUGCGUUUACAUGGACAACAACAAUCCACUCUUAAUCCGAUUAAGACCGUACUCUAAUUAAGAAACUAUCAUGUAAACAGCAAUUUUUACUUACCUUAAUCUAAUUAAGCUCAUAAUCGAAGUAAGCAAUAAUUUAAUUAAGACAGGUGGAGUACUCCUGUUUUAGUCGCAUUAUGGACGUGUAGUAGUGACACGUAAACACCUUAAAUCACAUUAUGAGCGUCGUGUGGGAGUUUUCACCGCAUUUUGCGACAGGACACGAUCACACACGGCAGUUUUACGUUUUACGGCGAACAAGGAGAGCUCGGCUGUGUCCCAAAUCGCAUACUUUCCUACUAUAGGCCUGUAGUGGGGAAAAAUACAUGUAUCUCGGCUACUAUAUAGACGGUAACUACGCGGUUUGGGACACACCCACCGCUUCAAGCAGUUGUCUAUUAGCACGUAUAGCAUGACAAAUAAUUAACCGCACUUAAAGCGUUCGUUAAAAAAAUAAUAAAAACACCCAAAACUGUAUACGGUACCAUAACGAAGACGAACUGUAUGUCGAUGCGUGAAAUUCUGGAGGGACGUCGGACGGCGUGGCGCGGUGACGUAAUGACGCGGGCUGUUAAUCUAAUUACGUUCUAAAACAUGUAAAACGGGAACAUGAAAGGAGUAUUCUAAAAGCGACUCAUGUAAACACCAUAAUCACAUUAUUAUCUUACACAGAGUAAGGUCAAUAAUUAGAUUACUGCUGUCCAUGUAAACGUAGUCAACAUCUCUCUCAAAUAUAAACAUACUGAUUUAUUUUAUUCCAUAAAAUUCUUGUUCUGUCCAUUUCUGUUUAUUUGCACAUCAAGAUGAUGAUAGUCUUUUCUUUUCGCUUACACUGUGUGUUACUAUUAAAAAGUCAACCCCCCCCAAAUAAAACACUAUUUCUCAUCUUGACUCAUUUUCAUUAAAUGCUGUAAUGGUUAAGUUUUCCAGUCAGGGUUUUGAGCCACACCUGUAUGACUUUAUAGGAAAAAUAAGCCAGGAGUCAAAUAAGUGCUGUCACAGGGAGUGCUGUGUUUGAACGAGACUGUCUGUUGUUUUUUUUUGUUUUUUUUUUUAAAUAAUAAAUAUAGCCUGUCUGCGAAGUUCGUUUUGUUGACUAAGUGUUGACAACACAGGGGAAAAACACUCUUUUAAUUUAAUCCAGUGAUCAGUAUCAUUACUGUUGGGAAGCAGCGUAACGGUCCUGUUCAAAACAAACAUAUUGAUGGGUCCGAGUUUGGGAAGCUCUGCCUGUUCUUUAGCACAGGAACGAUAAAAUUGCAUAUACAGCAAACUUAAUUCUGAUAAGACAGAAGUACUUGUCUUAGGACCAUGUGUAGCUAGAAGUAAGCUUUCUGAUCUCAUAGUAACUCUGGAUGGACUUUGUUUCAUCAUGUACAGCAGUAACAGCCCUCGGUGUGAUUACUGACUCCAGUCUAUCAUUUGAUGCUCAUGUAGAUAAUAUUACUAGGAUAGCCUUCUUUCAUCUCAGAAAUAUUUCUAAGAUAAGAAAUAUAUUGUCACUACAUGAUGCAGAAAUAUUAAUUCAUGUUUUCGUCAACUCUAGAUUAGAUUACUGUAAUGCUUUACUGUCUGGAUGAUCCAUUAGGAAUAUAAACAAACUCCAGUUAGUCCAGAAUGCAGCCACUAGAGUCCUUACUAGACCCAGAAGAUACGACCACAUCACCCCGAUCUUAACCACACUGCAUUGGCUCCCAGUGAAAUCUCGCAUCGAUUAUAAAAUACUAUUAUUAACCUAUAAAGCACUAAAUGGUCUCGCGCCACAAUAUCUAAGCGACCUUUUGGUUUUCUAUGAUCCGCCACGCCUACUUAGAUCAAAAGAUGCAGGCUAUUUGUUGGUACCUCGAAUAGCGAAGGCUACAGCAGGGGGGAGAGCUUUCGCUUAUAGAGCCCCACAGUUAUGGAACAGUCUUCCUAUUAGUGUUCGGGACUCAGACACAGUCUCAGUGUUUAAAUCUAGGCUUAAAACGUAUUUGUUUACUCAAGCCUACCCUGACUAGACUUUCUGUUACGCUAAGCACAGUCCUAACAAUCUUUUCUCUCCCUCUCUCCUUCUGCCGAGCCACACACGAUUUUAUGGAGAUACUAGAGAUCCUGAUCCUUUCUGCUCUCCGGACCUGGCUGACCAGUUCGGAUGUCCUACCUCUGGAUGGAGCUCUCAUCUACUCCAAUUCAAGACUGCUGGGACUACGGCUGCUUCUAAGGCCAGACAGACUUCAUAUAAAACCACAAUGAACUUUUUCACACUAUCUAUUGUUAUCCAGAUGAGGACGGGUUCCCUUCUGAGUCUGGUUCCUCUCAAGGUUUCUUCCUCUUAACAUCUUAGGGAGUUUUUCGUCACCACCGGCUCGCUCAAUUGGGAUAAAUUUGCACUUUUAAUAUCUGUAUACCGUGUUUCUAUAUUUCUGUAAAGCUGCUUUGAGACAAUGUCUAUUGUAAAAAGCGCUAGGCAAAUAAAAUUGAAUUGAACCUCCCAAUUUUGAUGUGAGCAAAAAUAUAGGAACAGAUAAGUCAUAAAGUAAAUGAAAGCAAAUAACUUAAUAUUUGGUUUCAUAUCCCUUGCUUGCAAUAACUGCAUCAAGCACCAAAUUGUUGGUUUCCUCUUUUACGUUGUUUUUACCACAGCCUCGUUCAGUUGUUUUUUCAGGGGUUUCUCCCUUCAAUCUCCCUUCAGGAGUUGAAAUGCUGCUCAGUUGGGUUAAGGUCUGGUGAUCGACUUGGCCAGUCUAAAACCUUCCACUCCCCCCCCGAUGAAGUCCUUUGUUGAGUCGGCAGUGUGUUUUGGAUGGUUGUCUUGCUGCAUGAUAAAAGUUCCUCUCGAUUCAUUUGGACGAGUUUCUCUGUAAAUUGGCAAACAGAAUGUACUGAACAACUUCUGAAAUCAUUCUGCUUAUACCAUCAGGCGUUUCCAUCAUCAAUAAAGAUUAGUGAGCCUGUUCCAGGAGCAGCCAUGACACUACCUCCACCGUGUUUCACAGAUGAGCUUUGAAUCAUGAGCAGAUCUUUUCUUUCUCCACACUUUGGCCUUUCCAUCACUUCGGUAAUCUUGUUAAUCUUGAAUUCCAGUCUGGCUUUCAAAUUCUUACAUGCUGAGGAGUGGUUUGCAUCUUAUACGGCCUCUAUAUUUCUGCUCUCGAAGUCUUCUUCAAACGGUGGAUUGUGACACCUUCACACCUGCCAUGUGGAGGUUUUCGGUGAUGUCUGACUGUUGUUUUGGGGUUUUUCCUUCACAGCUCUCACAAUGUUUGUCUCAUCAGCUGCUGUUGUUUUCCUUGGCCGACCCAUUCAGUAUCUGUCGCUUAGCACACCAGUGGUUUCUUUCUUUUUCAGGACACUCCAAAUUGUUGUACUGGCUAUGCCCAAUAUAUGUUCAAUGCCUCAGACUGAUUUUCCAUCUUUUCUCAGCUUCAAAAUGGCCUGCUCUUCUCCCAUAGACAGCUCUCUGAUCUACAUGUUGGCUUAUCCUUUUCAACAACAAAUGCAGACUUCACAUGUGAAACUGAAGGCUAAAACCCAAGAGUAGAUGUUCCGAGCUGGUAUUGCUUAAACAAAAUCAAUCUAAAACAGGACACACCUGGGUAACAAGUAAAACCUGUCGGUCACAUGUUGCAAUAUUUUUUGUUUGCCUACAAUUUCGGUAGCCUUACACCAAAUGUGCUGUUCUACAGUAUAUGGCAUUUAACACGUCUAAAGUACAUACAAAUACCAGGAAAUAAACACUGGAAUUCGAAACUCAUCCAAGAUAUUCAUCUUUUUAUCUCAAGCCCAAAUGUUUUCAGUUAAAAAUAAAUAAAUAAAUAAAUAAAAUAAAUAAAUAAAAAAAGGAGUUGGCCUUGCCCUUCCAAUAGUUUCAGAGGGGACUGUAGUUAGGGAAUAAGCCACAGUGGGUGUAGCGUAAUAGGAAAAUGAUUGCAGAUGUGGUAUGUAGAUGUUUAUUUAACAUUUAUAAAAAGGAGUCUCCAGUGAGCGUGUGGGUGCUUUGUAAUAGCCAGUAAGUGUUCCACCAUGGGGAAAGUCUUGGACAGAGGCAUUUAUGCUUUCUUAGGACCAUGACAAGCUGUGUUUUUGUUUUAUAUUGAGAGCGAGAGAGAGAGAGGGAGGAAAGGGUGAUGAAGGAACAAUUGUUUAUAGCUGUUAUAAUGUAAAUCAGAAUUCGUGUUGUGGAAGUUCCACAACAUUAAAUACGACUAUAAAUGGAUAAAAAGCCCAAUGUGUGGUUCAUAAUACCUUACAAAAUGUAACUGUUGGCAAAUUAGUGUUGUACAAGAGGAAUGAAGCGCUUUGGAAUGUGCUUUUAGAGGAAAAUAAUUCACUUCCUUGUGCCACACCCUUACUUAAUUAGCACAUUCUGACCAAAUACAUUCAAAAGUUCACCAGUGCUAUGCUAUAGCAAGGAUUUAUACACUAAAGAAAGGCUGAAUAAAAUAAAAAAAAAAAAAAAAAAAAAAAAAUCUCACUCCUGACCAAAGGAAUUCGGAUGAAUCGCGGUAAGCGGUGCUACGCUGCCCUCUGCUGAUUAAAUGAAAUAAUAAUAAUAAUAAUAAUAAUAAUAAUAAUAAUAAUAAUAAUAAUAAUAAUAAUAAGAAACCAGAUAGGACAGGAGGGAGGCUACACUCUCACAAUGAAUAGCAAGUUUUAUUGUUCAACAAACUAAAUAUGUGACAAACGCUUCACCAGGGAGACGACAUUCAGACCAAAAAAAGUGUAAAAAAUAAAUAAAAUCACCCAGUCAAACAAAUCCUACAGCUUCGAAUGAAACUAGUGGCUGGCUUCAUUUUAUUAAUACAUCAGUGGUAGAAACUAGCAACGAUGAAGCAAACUCCCCCCGUUUAUACAGAACCUAUUAGAUCCCACCAUUUUAAAUCAAGACGUGUACAAACUGUACAUAUGUGCUUUGGGACACCAUCACGAAGACAGUGCCAUAACCCGAAGUGUACGGACACACACACAGGCACUCACAGAGUUCACAUCCAUUCAUUCGUAUUGAUUAACUAAAGGAUAGCUGACAAUAUUUUUCUGCCCAAAUUAUUGUUAAAGACAUUAUUUACUUUGUAACUUAAACAGUUAGUUAUAUUGUUUAAAAAAAAAAAAGAAAAAAAGAAAAAACCCCAACAUGUGGUGACAUUAAAAAGCAAGAGCACAGCUAGUUAGUUAUCGACAUCCCCUUUAAUACACAACUGGUAUCAAAUACUUCAACCGUGUUCGAUAUUCUCUUCAAGUGUUUACAAAAAUACCCUCAGGCCUCUAUUUCUUUUUUUUUUUCUUUUUUUUUUUUUAGCUUCCAUUUUUAGAAACCCAUCGUCAUGACUUCACCCCUAGAGUUCAAACAGGAGGUGAACUCAAACGGACCUUCACACGAGUUCAACUUGAAGUGCGUUACAAAGUACAGUCCUGUACAAAAAAAAAAACAAACACACACACGCUGCAUUGUUUACCAAACGCAUUCACAGACGGACACAAAUUUGCUUCAGUAUCUCCAGCACGUAGCUACAGCAACCGGACGGCGUGGGGAGAAAAAGACGUAAAAAGAAAGAAAAAAAACAUCUACAGGCGACAAAAUAUUUACACACGGCUAAGGCUCGGGUGAUGUGCGUAGCUACAGCUUUCAUAGGUUACUUUUGUGUCUACCAGUGAGGAGCCUGGGGGGGGAAUGAAAAAGAAAAAAAAAAACAAAAAACAAAAAAAACACGGGGGCGUGCAAAAUAUUAAGCAGCAAACCAAAAAAAAUAAUUUAAAUAAAAAAAAAAAAAAAAAACACGACAGAUGUAAACAUUGUGUAGUAAAUAAAGAACACCUGAGACUGUUCAAAAAGUUCCUCAACCUCACUGCACUGAGAUAGUACCACCAGUUAUCUGCUGUAUCCAGUUCUGCUUACAAUAUUGCAUGUUCCUGAAAUAAAAGUAGGAGAACAUCAUGUUAUUUUGACAGAACUCUAAUUUUAUUGACCAUUUUUCCAAUACAGGGUCGCGGGGAGUCGUGGCACGAGAUGGGGGACGAGAUGGGGGACGCCCUGGACGGGGUUUGGAAAUGCCGGUCAGCCUACAACGCGUGUCUUUGGACUGGUGGAAGAAACCAGAGUACACGGAGUAAACCCUCGAAGCACAAUAUUAUUUCAACUAUUGUUUUGGGAGUAGUAACUCGUUAUUUCAACUUAAUAUUCAAAAAAAACACCCCACAAUCUAGCACCGAGGCUUAUUUAUUCAACGCAUCAGGUUGGUGUUCUUAUUCCGUAUGCCGUUUCUCGUAUAGUAAGCAAGCCAGAUAUCGCUUUAGUGGAAUUCAUUUCACACGAUACGUACACACCGAUAUGAGCACCAUGAGCAUGGGAAUUCCGGCAAUUUAACAGUUAGGAGUCUAAAUAAAUGUCACGAUAAUAAGAUAAGUCAUUAUUCUGGGUAAUUCAUUCAAAAGAACGGAGAUAUUACGGUAAAAUAAAUACUACCUUGAAAUAAAUUAGUAAAAAAAAAAAUUCUAUAUAAACGAAAGUCAAAAUAAAUGACACGGCACUAGAACUUUUGACGAGUUGCAGUUCAGGGUUGUUGCUGUUUUUCUAAGCUUUUUAGGUUUAGUAAAAAGUUUAUGAACGCACACUCAUAUAACGCACUUCGCCAAGCACUGCAUUACAAAAAUGGCGGUUAACCCUCCGCCCCGCCCCACCUCGCCGAGCCUACGUACACAUCUACUGGUGCUAAAGACAAGUCUUGUUUAUUUUUCGAUGCAUUCCCCCCCCCAUUCACAAAGCGAAAUAAAUGAAGGCUUUCAUCAGAAGGGACCCACAUGUACGGAGACGUACCAUCAGAUUUCCUCAAUUUCCUUCACAUUGUACUAAUAAAAGUAGCUCUGGGUCAAAAGUUGGCCAAUAAUCCACCCGUUUAGAUUUUAAUCUGUGCACCAUCUGAAAUUUUGGAAAAUUUCACAACAGACCGGAAGAUGCAAGUCAAUGGUUCUGACCCAGUUUCUUGGGUGAAAUCCAGUCGUGUGG